AUGGGAAUCAAAGUUAGAAUCGGAAACAUGCCCGAAUACACGGAUUUCAUCGACUUCCUGAGGGAAAAGGACGCAUUCUGCAACGAACGUCGCGCUCCCAACAGCAAACGUCAUUACAUCCUAUACUUCCAAGCAAGCAACGUCAUAUCAUGCACGAAGUUUCAAGAACUGGGCACAGGUGAGCGGAAGACUAUUGUGGCCAAGGCAAUGUUGUGCUUCAAUUGUUUGAAGUCUAAACACCGGGUAGCUGAUUGUCAGUCCGACCAAACAUGCAAGAUUCGAGGAUGCGGUCGCAAACACCACAGCAUGCUACAUCCAGUUGAUACUCAACAGGAAUCCAUUCAGCAACAAACUAUAGUUCCGAAGCCAGCGGAUCAGGUAGAGCCAACUGAGGAAGGCGUAUCGAAGCCGAAAGCGACCACGUUGUGCGGUAGCGUUGGCGGUGUGAAGCGGCAAGUACUCUUGUCCACAGCAGAAGUGUUGAUGGUGGGCCGCGAUGGAAUCACCAUUAAAUCUCGAGCGCUAUUGGAUUCGGGUUCCGAUAGCAAUAUCGUUACGGAGAAGCUAGCAGCUAAAUUGAAACUGCAGAUGCAGCAUGUCGACCUACCUAUAAGUGGCCUAAAUAACAUUCAGACGAGGGUUAAGUACAUCGUAAGUACAAGUAUCAUAUCCUGCGUUAAUCAGUUUUCCUCGUCAAUUCUAGACUUCCUGGUCGUGCCGAAAGUGACAUCAAACCUGCCCGUCACAGAUGUUGAAUAUCGAUCAUGGCCGCUACCUCCCAGCAUUAAAUUAGCUGACCCAACAUUCCACACGCCAGGCGAGAUCGAUUUAAUAAUUGGCAAUGAAAUAUUUUUCGAUCUAAUCAAGCAAGGACGUCUGAGAUUGGGAAACGAAACGACACUUACAGAAACGGAGUUGGGCUGGAUUGUAGGAGGAUCGGUACGGACCAGGAAGUCCAAGUCAAGCGCUCGAGUCUGUCAGAUGAGUCAUCAUGAUGACAUGCUGAAUAAAACCAUGAGACAGUUCUGGGAAAUCGAGAACGUUGAUGCAGAUUCAAACAUGAGCGUUACUGAAGUACUAGUCGAGGAACACUACAUUAAAACGCAUUCACGCGAAGAAAAUGGAAGAUAUAUUGUUCGACUACCAUUCAACGAGUGUAAGAAGGAAUUGGGAGAUUCGUAUGAGAUCGCAAACAGGCGUCUGGACAAGCUUCUAAUUACAUUGGCCAAGGAUCCACUGAAACGCGAACAAUAUUUCCGGUUUAUGGCUGAGUAUCGUUCAUUAGGCCACAUGGAAGAAAUAAACGAAACUACCAGAGACGGAUAUUACCUUCCCCACCAUGCCGUAUUCAAAACAGCGAGCUCCACUACGAAAAUUCGUGUCGUGUUUGAUGGUUCGGCAAGGACGACUACAGGAUUAUCAUUGAACGACAUUGUGUGUGUGGGCCCAACCGUUCAGAGCGACUUGCUAUCUAUUAUCUUGCGAUUUUGCUCUCACCCGAUUGUACUGACGGCAGACAUACCCAAAAUGUACCGUCAGGUAAUGCUGCAUAAAGAUGAUCGCAAGUAUCAAAAAAUAUUAUGGAUAGACGACAACGGUAUGCGCAAGGUUUAUGAGUUGAAGACAGUUACAUAUGGAGUGGCCAGCUCCCCGCAUCAUGCCACAAGAACCCUGGUCCAGUUGGCAACCGACGAUGGUGGAGCUUUUCCGUUGGCUGAGCAGGUGAUUCGUAAUGACAGUUAUAUUGAUGACUUUCUCACAGGCGGGGAAAGUGCAGAGGUGGUAGUGAACAUCUACAAAGAAUUAUCGUCACUACUGCAGCGUGGUGGAUUUGGAGUUCAUAAAUUUUGUACAAACGACCCAAUCAUACGUCAGCUACAGCUUCGAGGAUACAGCAACGAUGCUUCUACCACAAAACGCCAAGUGUUGUCCGAUAUCGGCCGUCUGUUUGAUCCACUCGGCUUUCUUGGACCAAUCAUCACAAGCGCCAAAUUAGUAAUGCAGGAUAUCUGGCGAUUGGGUUUGAACUGGGAUGAAGAGUUACCGAAAGAAGUUUUGCAAGAAUGGAUCCAGUUUAGACGUCAGUUACCAAUUGUCAACCAGAUGCAUAAGGAACGAUGCGUAGUACCAAGGGAUACGGCGCGAGUUGAAUUACAUGGUUAUUCGGACGCUUCUAAGAGAGCGUACGGUGCGGUUGUGUAUACUAGAUGCAUCGCAUUGGAUGGAACAAUUUCCGUGAAACUCAUCGCAACCAACAACCCCGCUGAUGUGAUUUCGAGAGGUGCUCUUCCAGAGGAACUUUUGUACAAUGUACUAUGGUGGAAGGGUUCUCCUAAUCUUCAGCAAGCAAUGCCACGAAUGGAUGAGCCUGAAAUGAUAGCAGAAAUACCGGAAUUAAGAUCAAGAACAGUUUUAGCUGCAGUGGGAGGAGAUGAUUCAAUCCCACUGAACCGUGUCAGUGACUAUCGUAAACUGUUGAGAUCCUGGGCUUACGUCAUGAGGUUCAUCGCCAUUGUGAGAUUCAAAAAACGUGAGGUGUCUAAUAUCAGUGCUACUGAAAUGGCCAAUGCGGAACGAGUGAUAUUUUCGGUGGUUCAAGGCCAGGUGUUUGGUGACUUGUUAAAGAAACUACAGGAAGAAUCGAUGAUACGGCAUUCUUUAUCAAACUUGGCGUUAUUCAUCGGACAAGAUGGUCUAAUCCGUGUCGGAGGUCUAUUAAAGUAUUCUGCGAUUCCUUAUGAUGGAAGGCAUCAAGUAUUGCUACCAGAGCGGCACCAUGUCACCGUGUCGCUGAUACGUAAACUGCACGAAGAGCAUCAUCAUGUUGGCCAAGGAGGUUUGCUGGCGAUAGUGCGUGAAUGUUACUGGCCGCUGCGUGCGAAAUCCAUCAUCAAAAGAAUCAUUUCUGGUUGCCAAACUUGUGCUAAAUAUCGACCGAACAUCAGUAGCCAGUUCAUGGGUAAUCUCCCGGAGCAUCGUGUCAAUCAAGCACCAGUAUUCUCUCGAGUUGGUGGUCAAAGGAGUAUCUACACCACCUUCAAACACGUCAAAAAUGGCAUGGCAAGAUACGUCACUUCAGCGUUGGAACAUUGGUUAUGUUGGUCGAUGAGAACGUUCCCCCACAGCAGUGGCGUCGAGGAAGAAUUGUGGCUCUUCAUCCUGGUGACGAUGGUGCGGUUCGAGUAG